AGUAUCAUUUUCACUUAGCUCAUCAAAACGGAACAGUUUUUAUAUUGUUAAUUUGAAUACCAUGCACAUUUAAAAUCAUCCAAAUUGAAAGACAGUGAGUCUCAAGUUUCGAAGUGUAAGGUCGUAGUAAUGUUGAAAAGGAUUUAUUAGUCAAAAUGGAUGAACAUCAACCACUCACAGAUGAAGAAAUAAAAGAAUUCCAUAAGACUUACAGUAUGUUCGACUAUGAUGAAAAUGGAACCAUAUCUACCAACCAGCUAGGCACAGUAAUGAGGGCAUUAGGACUGAAUCCGUCUAACGGGGAAGUACAGGAUAUUAUAAAUGAAAUAGACGCUGAAGGAAAUGGUGUGAUAGAAUUCCCGGAAUUCCUGACAGUAAUGUCAAGAAAAAUAAACGAAAUCGACAAUGAAGAUGAAAUAAGGGACGCUAUAAAUAUAAUUUUUAAGGACAGAGAAUAUGUGAGUGCUGUAGAAAUAUGGUAUCUGAUGAGAAAAUUUGGUGAUAAAUUGUCUGACGAAGAAGUUCAAGAUUUUAUAAACCAAACCAGAACUGAUGGAGAUGGUAAAAUCAGAUACGAAGAUUUUCUAAAAGUUAUGGGUGUAAAACCGAAGUGUGACUGAAGCAGCAACAGCGUCCUUGGUUUUAUAUUUAUAUAAACCAAAAUAUUUUCAGGUCGUUUUAAAUGCAGAUUCAGUUUUCAGCUCACUUUACAGUACUUUUUUUUAACUUGACAUAACAAGACAUCAUCUGCAUUUUGAAAGAUGCUUUAUAUGUUAAUCACAUCUCAUGUUUAUGUAUUUAAUACUAUGUUAUCCUAAAUAAAAUGUUCGAUGUUUUUAUCAAGUAAUAUUGAAAUAAUUAAUUUAUUUUACUUAUGAGGUGUUUAAUUUGUUGCUUGUUGAAAGGCUGGUAAAGACCCCCCCCCACACACACACAAACAAAAGAGUAUAAAAAACUAAACCAAACAAACAUUUGACAGAAAACACUCAAUUUUAAAAUUGUUCAAUGUAUGGAAUAAUUACAAAUCUAGGAAGUACGAACUGUCAAAGAAAUACCCCAGUGAGAUUUUAUCGCCUAACACUAAGUGUAAAGAAAUUGCUGACACCCGUCAUAUCAUAUAAAUUUUUUAUCCAGGAAACGUUCAAAGAAAAAUGGCAAUUGAAACGAGAUGUUAGAGCAACAUACAUAUAAAAAAAUCACCAGGGAUACCUGUCUUUUAAUUAAGUACGUUAGACGAUUUUUUCCACUCAAAUCAAAACAGUUUAAUAGCCGAAUCAAUGACGAAGUUAAAGAGAAUUGAAUAUAGAAAAAGAAAAAAAAGUUAUGUCGAAUCUUUAGAAGGUUAUUUAUGCCUGGGGUAAACAUCUGUUCACGGAAACACAUUGUGAAGUGUAUAACAAUGGAAUGGAAUACAUAUCUGUCCAGUAGUCUUGUAGCAAUAGCGAAGAAAAAUGUACCAUAAACACAACAAUUUUACCGACCAUUUGGUAGUUGUUCAAUUGAAUUACAAUUAUUGCAAACGUCAUAUUGAGUCACUGGUUAUAGGGCGGGUGGUAUUCUUGGACCUUGCCAGCCAGCCAGGAGCGACAUACAAACCCUACAAUGAAAUGGAACUUAAACUUUAGUUGCUGCUUUUAUCAAGGCGAUUGAAGCAUGGGUAUCUCUUAUAUAUUAUUAUAUCUUUUAUUGGUUAUAGAAAAUUGUCUAUUGAUUAAGUUUAUUGUACAGUUAUUUUAUUCAUACCGACGCACUGAUGUGGUAACCGUAUUUAACGUUUCCACCCUUAGCAGAUUAGUUUUCUUUUUCAGUCUCUAUCAGAAAUACUUCGAGGAAAAAGUUUUGAUAGUAAAGCAUGUAUAAAUAAUGUAAAUGUUUUACAGCCAAAAAAAAUAUCAAAAGUAGAAUCAAAUCAAACCAACCAAGAUGCAUCAGCAGAGAAAUUGGAACCUUAGUUUCAAAUAUGACAAAGCAUUGUCUUAGAUGCGACCUAAGCAAUUGUUUUCAAUAGAAAAGCAAAGUCUUUCAUUAUACACCGCUUUCUUUCGGGAUUUUAUGGCGAUGGAAGAAACGAUCUGUUUGUUCCUCCGUCCGUCCGUUCUUUCGUCAUUCAGUGCAACUUUCGUAACCGCAACUGUUUAUAAACAGCUUGAUAUGAUUUUGACUUUCACAGAAUAUCACUCACAUGAUGUACUUUUGAACCUUCUAUUUCAUUUCUUCAUCUGAAUGAUUCUUGGGGUUUAUUUUUAGAUGACAUUUGUAUCCACUUCUUUUCCUAAAUCUGUAAUCAUAAUUUAAUGAAAAAAAUCUUAAUCAUUUAAUGCCAUUGUGCAUCUCCUAUUUUGUGUUUUGGUUUGAAUUUUCCUUACCAAAGCAUAUACUUUGCCAUUUCUUUAUUUGGGAGUACCCACAUUGUUUCCGCAACUUCUCUUUUUUUACUAUUUAUCAUGUGACUUUCUUCAAACACAAAAUUGGCACUAAAGACCCACUCAUAUUAAACAACAUUGUAAUGAGGGGUUUAGAAGUUACUGAUACAAAACGGCUUCCUCAAAAAUAAACCAAUAUCAUGCUUUGGUAAGGAAAGCCCAAAUAAUUAUUCUGAUAAGAAAAAUAGGAGGUGCGCAAUAGCAUGGAAAAGAUUGUGUGAAUUGUAGUAAGUGUAAAAUUGUGAUGGCCUCCUUUGUUAACAUGCUCAAAUAGUACUUAGAAAAUAAAUAUAAGUGUAAAAUAAAGUAAAGAUUUGGAGAGAAAAAAUUGAUAUAUAAACUUGCUUUCUUUUUUUUUUUACAUCGUUUUAUGUUUAUAGCAUCCUUUAAGUAAAAUUCAUUCAAUCUUAGAAGUUUAUUGAAAUAUUGUUAUUCAUAUUUUUUUUAUAUCAUUAAUGUUGCUAAAUCUUUUUAAAUUGUUGUUAUAAGUACAAUCAUUGAUUUUGUAAUACCAUAUUGAUUAUAAUAAAGUGCUUAAGCCAU